AUGAGUGGCUCCGACCUCGUUCCUGGAAGUGCUGCAAUGAAAGUCACUACCCCCGACAAGAGGCCAAAUACACUAUGCCGUGAACCAAAGACCGAGCGCAAACCGCGCGGCUUUUUCAAUCGUGCAGCCCGCUGGUUGCUCCACAAUCAAAUUUAUAUCUCGUUCAACCUCAUUGCAGGUCUUCUUUGCAUACACUCGUUUUUACCUCAGGUCCAACAAUACACCUCUAAGCUUUUCACAAUCUCCCACUACAAUGAGAGAACGGGGGAAUACGGCGUCGGUAGCGAUGACUUCCUUUUCCUGGGAUUUUGCGUUGUUCUGUUUACUUGUCUCCGAGCAAGCUGCAUGGAGUAUCUGCUUCAACCGAUAGCGAGAUACUGUGGUGCAUCGACAAAGAAGGACGUGAUCAGAUUCUCCGAGCAGGCAUGGCUACUGUGCUAUUACUCGGUCUUCUGGGUCCUUGGUGUGUACAUCUACGUUACCUCGGAGUACUUUCUCAAUCCAAAGGAGAUGUUCACAAAUUGGCCGACACGGGAGCUUCCUGGACUUGUGAAGUGGUACAUACUAAGCCAGUGGGCUUUCUGGAUCCAGCAACUCCUUGUGAUUAACAUUGAAGAACGCCGCAAGGACCACUGGCAGAUGUUGACCCAUCAUCUUCUGACGAUUGGCCUGUUGUAUACCUCGUAUACCCUUCAUUUGACCCGUGUCGCCAAUCUCGUCUUGAUAUUGAUGGAUGUGGUCGAUAUUUUCUUUCCCCUUGCGAAAUGCUUCAAGUAUCUUGGACUUUCGACAUUACGAGACAUCAUGUUCGGCGUUUUUAUGGUGUCUUGGUUCCUUGCCCGUCAUGUUUGGUACGUGACCAACAUGUACCACAUCUGGGUCUACAUGCCAGAUACCGUCAAGAUCGGCUGCUACCAUACAUCGGAGAACAAACUGGUAACAGGUCCAACUCCGCUCCCUGAAAAGGGCUGGUCGCACAUGUUUGAAGCAUUCAUAAACCCCUCGGGAACCAUUUGCUACAACGACAGUAUACGAUGGGGCUUCCUUGCCUCUUUGGGAUUUCUUCAGAUUAUUACUAUUAUCUGGUUCUUCAUGAUCGUCAAAGUGGCUAUCCGUGUCGUACAGGGAAACGGCGCAGAUGAUAUCAGGAGUGAUGACGAGGAUGAAGCCAGCGAGGAGGAAGUGGAAGAAACGGGACGAGGGCAAACACUCGCCAAAGUGCUCGAGGGGAGCGCCAGUGCUGACCCCAAGACAUUGAAGCGCAAUGCUGAAGCCGAAGGGAAUGCGUUCUCGACGGGGGCGGGUCUCUCGGCGCGCUGGGAACGCAAGGGAUUGCUGGGUCGAGUCGGGUGCGAGAGGCAAGUCGAUUGA